AUGAAGCCAUUGCCAGGUACAUCCAGUAUGUUUCCCGAAGGUUCCUAUUUUUAUCGGGUUGGAAAAGUAAUUACCAAAACCUGGCGCAAAAUAGAAUGCUCUACUUUACCUUCAAAUAUCAAUUGUUUACUCGGAAUAUCGUCGAUUCCUGCCAACUGCUACUUGUACAAGGUCUCUCCAACAGCAAUUAGUGAUACCGCCGGCGUCGCUUCGGAAACUUUCCUUUAUUUUCUGUCAAAAGUCGUUAUACCGACAGCCGGAUUCAUUUACCCUAUUACUUAUGAAGAGCCUGAAUUGACUACAAUAGCGUAUAUAAUUGAUUUUGUGAUUGAAACAUUGUUUCCCUCUAAAAAGAUGAUGAUCUGUUCUCUCCAACCGCAACCAUUAACUCGAUACCAGAAAAUGAUGGAUUUAUUGAGACGGACAGCUCAAAUUCAAGGAUCCAUCGUGAACUAUAAACUAAAUGCAACGGUACAAUGUGUUCACUCUAGAACAGGAGAAAGAGAUUACAUGACCGCACUCUACUAUUUCUUAAUUUUCGUAAUCCUUCUUAACUCACUUCUCGUCAUUAUGUCGUUUUUACGCAAUAGAAAUAAUGGAGCACGGAACACUCAACAAGCAAAUUUGGGAACUGAUAAUGGAGACGCUGGUAAUAAUGCAGGUGCUGGUGAUAAUUGGGACGCUGGUAAUAAUGGGAACGCUGGUGAUAAUGGGAACGCUGGUGAUAAUGGGAACGCUGGUGAUAAUGGGGACGCUGGUGACACUGAAAGUCCCGGUUCCUUGACACCCGACUCCCAAGACAGCAACAGCUCUAGUACCGAAGAUGAUUAUGUCGACGCUACUGAAGAACCAAUCUUGGAAAAUACUCAAACAGGCCGAGCACAAGCAGAUCAAGCACAAGCAGGUCAAACCCAAGCUACCCAAGGUCGAGCUACUCAAGGCCAAGCUGGUCCAAGUCGAGCUGGUCCAAGUCGAGCUGGUCCAAGUCAGGCUGGUCCAAGCAAAGUUACCCGAGGACAAGCAACUCGAGGACAAGCUACCCAAUGA